GGUCUCUCUCUCCCUUCGCAAGGCACCAAUCUCAAUUCUCUUUCCUCUGCACUCAGCUGCCUCCUCGGCAAUGCCCUCAAACCUCCCGGGACACCGGUCCCAGCAGUCAGCCCACCUCCAGCUUCCCCCCGUACCCAGCCCAGGAUGGACCCCUUGCAUCUGCUCAUUUACCUGGGCACAGCGCUGGCACCGAGCUGUGGAUUCAGCGUGGAUGUGGAGGGACCCAUCACCUUCCAGGAGGCAGCCAGGGGGUUCGGGCAGAGCGUGGUGCAGUUCGGGAGUGCCAGAGCCGGGGGGCUGCUCGUCGGGGCCCCGCUGCAGGUGGGAGACGUGAAUGAAACCGGCAAAGUCUACAAGUGCGACCCGGGCUCCAGACGCUGCCAGGAGAUCCCCAUCCAGAGGCCCCCCAAUGCCGUGAACAUGUCCCUCGGAUUGUCUCUGGCUGCCCGGGGCUCCAAUCUUCUGGUGUGCGGCCCCACGGUGCACCGGGUCUGCGGGGAGAACAUGUACGUCAAUGGCUACUGCUUCCUCCUGGACCAGAGCCUCCGGCAGCGCCAGCGCAUCCCGGACACCCUGGCAGAGUGCCCCAGACGUGUCACAGACAUAGCGCUCCUCAUCGACGGCUCGGGCAGCAUCAUACCAGAAAACUUCAGAAAGAUGAAGACGUUCAUCUCUGAGAUUAUGAAGCGUUUCCGCAGCACCGACACGCAGUUUGCCCUCAUGCAGUACUCGAACAGAUUUAGAAAGCACUUCGACUUCUUCCAGUACAGAAGGAGUCGCGACCCUGAUGACCUUGUCAGGGCAGUCGUGCAGCUCAAGGGUUGGACGCACACGGCCACCGCCAUCCAGAAAGUGGCCCGGGAGCUGUUCACCUCUGGGAGAGGCGCUCGGGAUGAGGCCACCAAGGUUCUCAUUGUGAUCACAGAUGGGAAGAAAAUUAGCGACCCGCUUUCUUAUUCAGACGCCGUCCCUGAGGCUGAGAGAGCUGGAAUCAUCCGCUACGCCAUCGGGGUCGGCGAUGCCUUCUCCAGCACUGCUGCCCAACAGGAGCUCCAGGAGAUCGCCUCUGAGCCCACCAAUGAGCACGUCUUCCGGGUGGACAAUUUCGACGCCCUCCAGGGCAUCCAGAGCCAGCUGCAGGAGAAGAUCUUCGCUAUCGAAGGCACCCAGUCCCAGAGCGGCAGCUCCUUCCAGCUGGAGAUGUCUCAGGAAGGAUUCAGCUCCCUGCUGUCCCCUGACGGGCCUGUGCUGGGAGCGGUGGGAGCCUAUGACUGGUCCGGUGGAAUAUACCUGUACGGGAGCAGCGGGGAGCCGAGUUUCAUCAACGUAUCCAGAACCUCCACUGACAUGAAUGAUGCUUACCUCGGUUAUUCAUCUCAGGUCGUCACAGCCAAUGGGCAGAGCAGCUAUGUGGUCGGGGCCCCUCGAUACCAACACACCGGCAAAGUCGUCCUAUUCAGCCGAGAUACCAAUGGCGGACAAUGGACACCCAGAUGGGAGCUGCAGGGGGAGCAGGUUGGCUCGUAUUUCGGGGGUACACUGUGCGCUGUGGACCUUGACAGAGAUGGGAACACGGACCUGGUUCUGAUCGGAGCCCCCACAUACUAUACACCCCUGAAUGGAGGACGAGUCUGUAUUUGCUCGUUUAGCCAGCAGGGGGCGACGCUGACGCAUAGGAGAACACUGCAGGGGCAGACGGGGCAGGCGUUCGGGCGCUUUGGGGCCAGCAUGUCUGAAAUCGGGGACAUCAGCGGGGAUGGAUGGACAGAUGUGGCCAUUGGGGCCCCCAUGGAGAAUGACAAUCGCGGGGCCUUGUACAUCUUCCAUGGGGAAAAGGGAGGCCUCAGUCCCCAGUACAGACAGCGCAUCGAGGGGUCACUGUUUCCCAGCAGGCUGCACUACUUUGGCCAGGCCAUCAGUGGCGGGACAGACCUGACGAGGGACGGACUGCCAGACAUCGCGGUGGGGGCACAAGGGCAGGUUCUGCUGCUGAGGUCCCGGCCGGUGCUCAGAGUCGGGGUCUCCAUCAGCUUCCAGCCCCCCACGAUCCCCACCUCGGCUUUCGACUGCCAGGAGCAAGAGCAGCUCAGCACAGAGGCCAGCAGGGCAGAGGUCUGCUUCACCGUCACUAAGAGCACCAUGGACAGCCUAGGCAUCAGGAUCUCCAGUACCAUCCAGUACAGCCUGGCCCUGGACCCCGGGCGGAGGAAGAUCCGAGCCGCCUUCGACGCCACCGGCUCCGUCCUGAGCAGGGAGCUGCGGCUCGGCAUCGAGACAAGAUGUGAGACGUACCGGAUAACGUUACCUCUCUGCCCUGAGGACAGCCUGACCCCCAUCACCCUGCGCCUCAACUACACCCUGACGGGGGAGCCCAUCGCUGCCGCCGGCCGCCUCAGACCCAUCCUGAGUGAGGACUCCACCGUGAUGACUGCAGGCUCGCUCCCAUUUGAGAAGGACUGCGGCAGUGACAAAGUCUGCACUGAUGAACUACAAAUUUCCUUCAAUUUCUCAGGCUUGAGCACCCUGGUGGUGGGGAUCACCCCCGAACUCACCACCACCAUCUCCAUCCAGAACCGCGGGGAGAAUUCCUACAGCACCACGGUGCAGUUCUUCUACCCGGCCGCACUGUCCUACCGCCGGGUCCUGCUGCUCCAGUCUAACAGGAGGGCCAUGGCCGUUAGGUGCAGCUCGGCCAUGGGCUCCGAGGAGCAGACUCAGAGGAACAGCACCUGCCACAUCAACCACCCCAUCUUCUGGAGUGGGGCUGAGGCCACUUUCAUCGCCACCUUUGAUGUCUCCCCCAAAGCCGAUCUGGGGGACAGUCUGCAGAUCGCAGCCCAAACCAGCAGUGACAAUGGCGGCCCCAUCACUGAGUGCAUGAUUCACCGGGCGGAGCUGCCGAUCAAGUACGGCAUCUUCAUCAUCCUCACCAGCCUCGAGGAGUCGACCAAGUACGUCAACUUCUCUGCCAAGGAGGCAGGGACAAGUGUGCCAGUGACACAUCGGUAUGAGGUCAAGAACCUGCGGCACCGAAGCAUCCCCAUCUCGGUCACGUUCCAGUUCCCCGUGGAGCUGAGCGGGGUCCGGGUGUGGGACGCCUCUGAGGUCGUCCCCUCCAAGCCCCAGCUGGCUCAGUGCACCAGUGAGGCUGAAACGCCCGGUUCUAAGGACUUUGUGACGCAGAUGAGCGAGCACCCCCUGCUGGACUGCUCUGUGGCCACCUGUAAGAAGAUCCGGUGCAGAAUCACCUCCCUGAAAAUGCAGCAACCGCUGGAGUUCAUGAUCAAAGGGAACGUCAGCUUCCAGUGGGUCUCCCAGACUCAGCAGCAGAAAGUGAGUCUGGUGAGCGAGGCCCGGAUUGAAUACGAGGAGAAGAAAUACACCCAGAAGGAGGGAUUCGUCCAGCGCCAGGUGCAGACAGUGGUGGAGCGCUACGAGGUCUAUAACUACCUGCCCAUCAUCGUGGGCAGCAGCGUGGGGGGCCUGGUCCUGCUGGCUCUCAUCACCACAGCUCUCUACAAGCUCAACUUCUUCAAGCGCCAGUACAAGGAGAUGACAGAGGACGCGAGGGAUGGUGUUGGGGCCAGGCUGGGCCAGAACGACUCUGCCAAUGUCUGCCUCAACCCCGACAUUCCCAAACAAUAGCCCCCUCCCCUCCCCUGCCCCGCCCCGCCCUCGGGAUGCUCUGGAUCUGCCCUCCCCAACAUCCGCCCCCCAUGGACCGCUCUAGAUCUGCACCCUGAUGACCUACUGGCACUCAGAACAUCGCCCUAUAACAACCAUGUGGGGCUGGGAGUCUGGUCUGGUGAGUUCUCUCCCCAGCUCUGGGAGGGGAGUGGGGUAUAGUGGUUAGAGCGGGGGAGGCUGGGAGCCAGGACUCCAGGGUUCUAUCCCGAGCAGAUGAGAGUUCUGGGCUAUGCUAGAUUAGGGGAAUAAUAUGGGACGUGAACCCUCUUGCGAAGCGAUGGACGCUAAGGAGCUCAAUGUGUUUGGUUUAUUAAAAAGAAGACAGGUGCGA